AUGGAGGCGAGGUUGGAGGUCGUUGUUGCGGCGCUGCAGGGCCAGCUUGGCCAAAAUGGGAUUCACCCUUCUCCAUCGCGUGUUUACGGCAUUGCAUGGGAGUUGGUAAAAGCAGUGGCGGCAACGGAGCGUCAGUGCCAGCUGCUGCGCCUCCUCGCAUUCUUUGAGACGAGUCAGGAGCACUGCACGGCAGGGCACGUUAUUUCAGCAGGGGCGUUGAUGUGUGCCGGUGGCAUGUUAUCAGACGAGGAUGUGCGACGAUGGGAAAGGGCGAUGUAUUUGAUGCUAGUGGCACACCCACCGUUUGCGAAGGACGUCAUCUCGGCUGCUUGCUAUUGUGUUGCGCAGCUAGCCGUGUGCGGCGGCUCCGUCGCGUUGGUUGGCACAGCUGGGACGUCGUUACAGAACUCUGCAUCUACUGCAAUUUUGCCGGAGGAGGUUGCAACGGAGCUGCUGGCAGAAUGUGCAGAUGCUCUUGUGAGGGCACACCAGGGGGAGGAGGAAGGGGCUGGAGGCACAAAGGGGGAAACGGAGUUGACAGAAAAAGGCCCGCAGCAGGCCGCGGCGCUUCGGGAUGCGUUGAUUGGAUAUGCACUGGAUGCGCUUUUCUUUAGGCGUGGAGCUGUGGAGCUGAGUUCUCUUCUCUCCCGCCGUGUGUUGAUACCGCUGCUCCUUUGCGGUGGCCACGCAUCUCUUACCAGCCACCACGCGCGUAUCCAGUCGUUGCUGCAGUCGCUUGCAGAAGAGACGGCGCGGCAGGGUCGAAGUGGUCGUUUUUAUCGCGGCUCUUUUUGA